CGUACAGCCAGGCCAGAGCGAGUCGUCGUUGCCACGUUCUUGGAGCUCCCCCAACAGCAAGACAGGCUGCGAGUAAAAAGAACCCCAUCGCUGGGGUGGUCCAUGUCAACACAUUCUUGAAAAGAGACCAAUGCAAGCAGACUCGAUCUGCUAUUCUUCGUCUUCUCGUGUCCUCGGCUCCAUGCUGUUCUAGCCUGGUCGAUUGGCUCUCGCACUGGUUAGUUCUGAUGCGGCGCGUGUGAUUUUUGGUGCUACCUGUUUCCUGAUUGUGAUCCAAGGAGUUGUACGAACGACAGAACAGAAUGGCAACUCUGGUCCAGCCUCCUGCCGGCGCCGUCGUUGGCAGCGUAGCAAACACGUUGACGACCCCGGGCUCUGCCUCUGGCCCUCCUCCCUCUUCCUCGUCGCCGACCAGCGCCUCCACACCGCCGCCAACUGACGUGCCGUCUUCUUCCACUCCUACUCCGCCACCACCUUCCCCGGCUUCUCCCACUCCGCCGCUGCCUUCCCCCUCGACACCACCGGCUGCUUCUGCACCACCUCCUCCUUCACCAGAUGACAGUGCCCCUCCGCCGCCUGAGGCAUCGUCUCCACCCCCACCGGCCGCAUUGCCUCCCCCACCGGCACCAGCCGCAUUACCGCCCCCGCCACCGGCGCCGGUGCCCACGGCCACACCGCCGCCUCCGCCCCCACCGGACAUUGCCACGCAGCCGCCUUCCUCUUCACAGGCGUCGCCGCCUCCCUCCGCUCCCCCACCGCGGCAGUCCCACGCCACGCCGCCCCCGUCUCCUCCGCCAACCGCGUCUCCCGUGUCUGCCACGCCGCCGCCGCCUCCAGUUCACUCCCCCGUGUAUUACGCCCCUCCUCCACCGGCGCGGACGAGCUCAUCAACUCCCGCGAAGCACUCGCCUACGGUAGGUGAUAGUAGUACCAGUACCACUACCACCACCACGCCGCCGCCGUCUAGCAGUAGCAGUAGCAGUAGCGGGCUAAGCUCUGGCGCGACGGCCGGCGUGGCGAUCGUGGUGGUGAUCAUCGUCCUGGGCUUCGCUGGCGUGUUGGUCUGCCUGUCGAAGCGGCGGAGGCGGAAGGAGAGGGACCGUUACUACGGUGGCUUCGCCGUGCCAUCCUACACGCCGCAGCACCUGUCCGGCGAGGCGCCGUUCCUGCGCGCGCCGUCUGCGCCGGGGUCGAUGAACUUCAGCAUGCUGGGCGGCGGAGGCGGGCCUGGCAUGUCGACGCCGCCGACGAUGAGCCAGGCAUACGGUCAGCAGCCGUGGGGCGGCGCGUCGGCCAACUACAGCGCGACGUCGGCGGCGUCGGCGUCCGGCGACCUGAGCGUGGGCAACACCAAGGCGUUCGCGUUCGACGAGCUGUACGGCAUCACCGGCGGGUUCGCGCGCGAGAACGUGCUCGGCGAGGGCGGGUUCGGGUGCGUGUUCAAAGGCACGCUCGGCGACGGGAAGGUGGUGGCCGUGAAGCAGCUCAAGGGCGGCGGCGGGCAGGGCGAGCGCGAGUUCCAGGCAGAGGUGGAGAUCAUCAGCCGCGUCCACCACCGCCACCUCGUGUCGCUCGUCGGCUACUGCAUCGCCGAGGACCACCGCCUCCUCGUCUACGACUACGUAUCCAACAACACGCUGCACCACCACCUCCAUGGGAGGGGAAGGCCGGUGAUGGACUGGCCGACGAGGGUCAAGAUCGCGGCGGGCUCGGCGCGAGGACUGGCCUACCUCCAUGAGGAUUGUCAUCCAAGGAUCAUUCACAGGGAUAUCAAGUCGUCAAACAUCUUGCUUGAUGACCAGUUUGAGGCUCAGGUAGCUGAUUUCGGGCUCGCCAGGUUAGCGGAGAACGAUGUCACACAUAUUUCAACUCGUGUGAUGGGCACAUUCGGGUACCUGGCUCCAGAGUAUGCGUCCACGGGGAAGCUGACCGAGAAAUCAGACGUCUUCUCCUUCGGCGUCGUGCUCCUGGAGCUCAUCACCGGGCGGAAGCCUGUGGAUUCGUCGCGCCCGCUAGGCGAUGAGAGCCUUGUGGAGUGGUCAAGACCACUACUGAACCGGGCAAUCGAGACUCAGGAGUUCGACGAACUAGUCGACGUCCGGCUCGAAGGGAACUUCGACGACGUCGAGAUGUUCCGGGUGAUCGAGGCGACUGCGGCGUGCAUACGGCACUCGGCUGCCAGGAGGCCCAAGAUGGGACAGAUCGUCAGGGUCCUCGACGACAGCCUGACGGACGUUGAUCUCAGCAACGGCGUGCAGCCAGGGAAGAGCCAGAUGUUCAACGUAGCCAACACAGCGGACAUCCGCCAGUUCCAAAGGAUGGCGUUUGGCAGCCAGGACUUCAGCUCGGAUUACAGCCAGUCCAGACCAAGCAUAGGCAGCAGCAGGAGGGAUUUCUAGCCUUCAAAUCUGUAAAGCUUCUCCUCGACUCGAUCUCCACCCCAGCAGUUUCCGGGGGUUUUUGUUUUUUUGGUCACUGUGUGUGUUUUGUUAUUCGAUCUCUUCACAGUGUCACUACUCUACCACAUACUGUUCCAUAUGUGUUUUUUUGUCGAUGUGUAAAUUGAGAUAAUAUAUAUCAUUGGCUUCUUCUCUUAGACAACUAGAAACACUAAAUACUACCAGAUCGUUUUCCUUUAUGUUA